AUGGAUGAUGCUUCUGUUCGGCACUACCUUACCACUCUGGUUGAGGAGAGUCUCAAGGCGGCGGGAGUUUGCAGCAAACUCUUAGAUAUUUUUGAGGAGACUCCUCUCAGCUCUUUAGGGAUGACCUCGAGGGUCGAGGAGCUGGAAAGAAGGCUUCUUAUGUAUCAAGAGCAGGAGAGGGAGUUGAAGGAGGAAGUCGCCAAGUUGAAGGAGGGGAGAGAUAGCCUCCGGGAGAAGGAGAGGAAGUUGCAAGCCCAAUGCAACAUGGAGGUGGGCUUGAGGAAGACAGCACAGGACAGCUACCAAAAUCCUGAUAAAGUUGUCAUUGAUGGUGUCAUUGUGGAUCCCCCUGUCCCCGUAAUUAUUUCCGAGUCAGAAUUGAAGACUCGGAGGCAGAGGAUCAUAGAGUCCCCUCCUCGCCCUAAGGAUGCUCCGAGUUCUUCUACUGUUCCUCCGACUUCCUCUUCAUCUCCUAUGGAUGCCUCUCUUCCUGGUCCUGGCGGCGUUCUUCCUGACUCUGGUGGUGGUGAUCCGUCUAUUCUUCUUCCUAAAAAGUAA